AAAAAAACCGUCAACAGAAAAAAGAGUCAUCGAACACAUAGAACAGUCUCUCUCUUUCUUUGGACAAGGACAAAAAAAGGACUAACGAAAGAAUGUCCGAGGAACAAGCAGCACCAUUCUCCUUCCCAAGAGAGGAGGAGAAGAUCCAGGCCAUGUGGGAGGACAUUGACGCCUUCCACCGUUCCAUGGAACUUACAGAGGGCAAACCAGAGUUUGCCUUCUUUGAUGGACCACCAUUCGCCACAGGUACGCCUCACUACGGCCAUAUCCUCGCAUCCACCAUCAAGGACAUCGUGCCACGUUACUCCACCAUGUGUGGGUUCCAUGUCGAGAGAAGAUUCGGCUGGGAUACCCACGGUGUGCCAGUGGAGCACGAGAUUGACAAGAAGCUUGGUAUCACCGGUAAGCAGGACGUUAUGGCGAUGGGAAUCGACAAGUACAACGCCGAGUGUAGGGCCAUUGUGAUGAGAUACGCCGAUGAGUGGCGUAAGACCAUUGGCCGUCUGGGGCGCUGGAUCGACUUCGACAACGACUACAAGACUCUGUACCCGGAGUUCAUGGAGUCCGUCUGGUGGGUGUUCAAGCAGCUCUUCGACAAGAACCAAGUCUACAGAGGUGUUAGGGUCAUGCCUUACUCCACCGGCUUGACCACUCCUCUGGCCAACUUUGAGGCCCAGCAGAACUAUAAGGAAGUUGCUGAUCCUGCCGUGACCAUCGCGUUCCCUUUGAAAGAUGAUCCAAACACCAUCUUGGUCGCGUGGACCACCACCCCAUGGACAUUGCCUUCCAACAUCGCCCUGGCGGUCCACCCUGAUCUUGAGUACGUCAAGAUCUUGGACGAAAAGACUGGCAAGAACUACAUCUUGAUGGAGCCAUUGAUCAAGGUGUUGUACAAGAAGCCACAGAACGAGAAGUUCAAAGUUGUCGACAGAUUCCCAGGUAAGAAGCUUGUCGGGUUGAAGUACGAGCCUUUGUUCGACUUCUUCUAUGAUAAGUUCAAGGACAGAGGUUUCAAGGUGAUCGCCGCCGAUUACGUCUCGUCUGAUUCUGGUUCCGGUAUUGUUCACCAGGCCCCAGCCUUUGGUGAAGAGGAUUUCAUCGCCGCAACUGCUGCCGGUGUGAUCACAGAGGACUUCCUACCACCAAACCCAGUGGACGACAACGGUUGCUUCACCAAGGAUGUCACCCUGUGGGAAGGUGUGUACGUGAAGGACGCCGACUCCAAGAUCAUCAAGCACCUGACUGAGCAAGGCAAGCUGUUGCUGAACUCUCAGAUCAGACACUCGUAUCCGUUCUGCUGGAGAUCAGACACUCCGUUGCUUUAUAGAACGGUUCCAGCGUGGUUUGUUCGUAUCAAGGACAUCAUCCCAGACAUGCUGGAGAACGUUGACAAGACGAGAUGGGUUCCAAGCAACAUCAAGGAGAAGAGAUUCUCCAACUGGAUUGCCAAUGCCCGUGACUGGAAUGUCUCGAGAAACCGUUACUGGGGUACGCCUAUCCCAUUGUGGGUCUCUGAGGACUUUGAGGAGGUUGUCUGUGUCGGCUCCAUUGAGGAGCUGAAGAAGCUCUCCGGCAGAGACGACAUCACCGACUUGCACAGAGACAAGAUUGACGACAUCACCAUCCCAUCGCAGAAGGGUAAGGGUGUCUUGAGAAGAGUGGAGGAGGUGUUUGACUGUUGGUUCGAGUCCGGCUCGAUGCCAUACGCCUCUCAACACUAUCCAUUCGAGAACGAGAAGAAGUUCAAGGAGAGAUUCCCAGCAAACUUCAUUUCGGAAGGUUUGGACCAGACCAGAGGCUGGUUCUAUACUCUGACUGUCCUGGGUACCCACUUGUUCAACACGGCUCCUUACAAGAACGUCAUUGUGUCCGGUAUUGUGCUGGCUGCUGAUGGUAAGAAGAUGUCCAAGCGUCUCAAGAACUACCCGGACCCUACCAUCGUUCUGGAGAAGUACGGUGCUGAUGCCCUGAGACUGUAUCUGAUCAACUCUCCAGUGUUGCGUGCUGAGACCUUGAAGUUCAAGGAAGAAGGUGUGAAGGAGGUUGUUUCCAAGGUGUUGUUGCCAUGGUGGAACUGUGUCAAGUUCUUGGAGGGCUCUGUUGCUCUUCUGAAGAAGAACGAAGGCAUUGAAUUCCAGUACAGUGCCAGCGUGACCUCCGACAACGUGAUGGAUAAGUGGAUCUUGGCCUCCUUGCAGUCGUUGAUCAAGUUCAUUCAUCAAGAGAUGGAGGAGUACAGACUGUACACUGUCGUUCCAAGACUACUGAACUUCAUUGACGAGCUGACGAACUGGUACAUCAGAUUCAAUCGUCGUCGUCUCAAGGGCGAGGUUUCUCUCGACGACACCAAGAAGUCCUUGAACACACUGACCGAGGCUCUCUUCGUGAUGUCUCGUGCCAUGGCUCCAUUCACACCAUUCUUGUCCGACACCAUCUACCAAAGACUGAGGGCCUUGUACUCCGAAGAUGAACUAGCCAAGUACACCAAGGAUGUAAGAUCUGUCCACUUCUUGUCGUACCCAACUGUUCGUGAAGAGCUGUUCGAUGAGAAGAUCGAGACCGCAAUCAAGCGUAUGCAGACAGUUAUCGAGCUUGGUAGAAACAUCCGUGAGAAGAAGAUGAUCUCUCUGAAGACACCAUUGAAGCAGAUGGUCAUCUUGCAUGGCGACCAGGAAUACCUGAACGAUAUCGAAGCCCUCAAGUCUUACAUCAUCGAGGAACUCAACGUCCGUGACCUAGUCAUCACCUCUGACGAGAAGAAGUACGGUGUGGAGUAUAAGGCCGUUGCGGACUGGCCAGUGCUGGGAAAGAAACUGAAGAAGGAUGCCAAAAAGGUCAAGGAUGCUCUUCCGCUUCUCACAUCCGCAGAGGUUGAAGCCUUUGCCUCUUCUGGUAAGGUCACUGUUGCCGGAAUCGAGCUUGUCUCUGAAGACUUGACGAUCCAAAGAGGUCUUCCAGAGGGCAAGUCCACUGAGGGCCAGGAGGUUAGAACCGACCAGGACGUGUUGAUCAUCCUGGACAUCAACAUCUACCCAGAGCUCAAGACUGAGGGUCUGGCACGUGAGCUGCUUAACCGUAUCCAGAGAUUGAGAAAGAAGGGUGGACUGGAAGCUACAGACGAUGUCAUUGUGCAGUAUGAGUUGGUUAAGGACACCAUCGAUUUCGAGCAAGUUGUCUCUACACACAAGGAUCUUCUCGAUAAGACAUUGAGAGGUUCACUAGAGCCAUUCUCAGACUCUGACAAAGAGGUUGUUGUUGAUAGAGAGGAACAAUCCAUUAACGACACCAUCUUCAACCUUAGAAUCCUCAGAAUUUAGAGGUGAAUUGCCGUUAUAGAGUACCAGGUAUAUAUCAGUGAGUACAUGUGUAAUCAGGAGAUUUCAACUUUGAAUAGUCUUUU